AGCCCCAUUUGCAGUCUUCAAACUACCACGCAUUUCUACUUUUCCUUCUCUCGCUGUGUCUGUGUCUAACUGUCUUUGGGGUUUCCCUUUCGUUUCUCAAGGAUGGGUGAGGAGGCUAUUCAGUUCUUCCAUACCAAUGGGUAUGCCAAUGGGUUCUUAAAGAUUCAUGAAGAAACUAAUCAAACACUUACUAAUAAUCAUGAGGACUGUUCUUGGUAUGAAGAAGUGAUUGAUGAUGAUCUCAAAUGGUCCUUUGCAUUGAAGAGGGUGCUACAUAAAGGGAUUAGUGACUACCAGGAGAUAGCUCUUUUGGACACGAAACGUUUCGGGAAGGUCUUGGUGAUUGAUGGGAAGAUGCAAAGUGCAGAGGUGGAUGAGUUUAUUUAUCAUGAAUGCUUGAUUCAUCCCGCUCUCAUAUGUCACCCAGAAGCCAAAACCGUAUUCAUAAUGGGUGGUGGUGAGGGGUCGGCUGCAAGGGAAGCACUCAAGCACAAAUCAUUGGAGAAAGUUGUUAUGUGUGAUAUUGACCAGGAGGUGGUCGACUUCUGUCGUAGAUACUUGACUGUAAAUCAAGAGACAUUUUGUCACAAGAAGCUUAAUCUUGUUAUUAAUGAUGCCAAGGCUGAAUUAGAGAAGAGGGAUGAGAAAUUCGAUAUCAUAGUUGGAGAUUUGGCAGACCCAGUUGAAGGAGGUCCUUGCUAUCAGCUCUACACAAAAUCUUUCUACGAGAAAAUUCUAAAACCUAAGCUCAAUGAGAAUGGCAUCUUUGUGACACAGGCUGGACCAGCGGGUAUUUUCACACACAAGGAGGUCUUCACCUCUAUAUACAACACAAUCAAGCAAGUCUUCAAGUAUGUGGUUUCAUACACAGCUCACGUGCCAUCUUUUGCAGAUACAUGGGGAUGGGUCAUGGCCUCAGACCAACCUUUCUCUAUUAACGCUGAGGAUAUUGACAAAAGGAUUGAAGCAAGAAUUAAUGGCGAAUUACUCUAUUUAAAUGGUGCCUCGUUCCUUUCCUCUGCCACCAUGAACAAGACCGUUACUCUAUCGUUGUUGAAUGAAACUCACAUCUACACAGAAGAAAGUGCAAGAUUCAUUCAUGGACAUGGGGUAGCUUAUCGCCGUUGAGGUCACAAGCUACAGGUCGGGGGGAAUUGCUGUACAGAGGAAAAAGAUUGAAGCAUUGGUUUUACACAAUUGAUGUUAGCUAGCUUCAUUGGGCCGUUUAGAGGGUUCAAAAUGAUAAACUGUAACAAAAAGGUUUUAUCUGAUAUGAAUGAAAUAUGAGGCAUUCCUCCA